AUGUCUCUCUAUGUGGGGUUCAGGAAGGGCGGUGUGGACAUUCUGGGCAGGAGGACUCAGCUGGAGGUUCUGCUGUCGGUUCUGCUGCUGGCCGCCCUGCUGGCUCUGCUGGCCUGUCUGCUGGUUCUGGGUCUAGGAUUCAGCUCAGACAGUGGGCGUGGCCUGUGCCUGUCGGAGGCGUGCGUCACCGUGGCGAGUCAGAUGGUGGAGGCGAUGGACCGCGGCGCCGACCCGUGCCAGGACUUCUACCAGUUCGCCUGCGGAGGAUGGAUGAGGAAGAACCCGCUGCCUGACGGGCGGUCGCGCUGGUCCACGUUCAACAGCAUCUGGGACAAGAACCAGGCUCUGCUCAAACACCUGCUGGAGAACGGGACGUUUAACGGCAGCAGCGAGGCGGAGAGGAAGACUCAGUCCUACUACCUGUCCUGUCUCAACACCCAGAGGAUCGAAGAGCUGGCAGCUCAGCCUCUCAUAGACCUCAUCGCCAAGAUCGGCGGCUGGAACAUGACGGGUCCCUGGGAGAAGGACAACUUUAUGGAGGUUCUGAAGACGGUUUCUGGUCCGUACCGAGCUCAGCCUUUCUUCAGUGUCGGAGUCAAUGCUGAUCCCAAAAACUCCAACAGCAACGUCAUCCAGUUGGACCAAUCAGGACUCUUCCUGCCGUCCAGGGACUAUUACCUCAACAAGACAGCCAAUGAGAAGGUGCUGGUGGCGUACCUGGACUACAUGGUGGAGCUGGGGAUGCUGCUGGGGGGCGAGAGGAGCUCCACGCAGCUUCAGAUGCAGCAGAUUCUGGAGUUCGAGACGGCGCUCGCCAACAUCACCGUCCCACAGGACCAACGCCGAGACGAGGAGAAGAUCUACCACAAGGUCACCAUCUCUGAACUACAGCUGCUGGCUCCGGCCGUGGAGUGGUUGGACUACCUGUCGUCCUCUCUGUCCCCUCUGGAGCUGAACGACACUGAACCUGUCGUCCUGUACGCCAGAGAGUACCUGCAGCAGGUCUCUGACCUCAUCAACAGGACGGACCGCAGUCUGCUGAAUAACUACAUGAUGUGGACUCUGGUUCAGAAGAGCGUGGCCAGUUUGGAUCAACGCUUCGAGAACGCUCAGGACAAACUGCUGGAGAGUCUCUACGGGACCAAGAAGUCCUGCACCCCCCGCUGGCAGACCUGUAUCGGGAACACUGACGACACGCUGGGCUUCGCUCUGGGAGCGCUCUUCGUUAAGGCGACCUUCGACAAACACAGCAAAGAGAUCGCCGAGGAGAUGAUUAAUGAGAUCCGCUCAGCGUUUAAAGAAGCUCUGGACCGACUUAGCUGGAUGGACAAGCACACGAGACAGGCUGCUAAAGACAAGGCAGACGCGAUCUACGAUAUGAUCGGUUUCCCAGAAUUCAUCCUGGACCCCAAAGAGCUGGACGACGUGUUUGACGGGUAUGACGUGUCAGACGACAGCUUCUUCCAGAACAUGUUGAACUUCUACAACUUCUCAGCCCGAGUGAUGGCCGACCAGCUGAGGAAGACUCCCAACAAAGACCAGUGGAGUAUGACUCCUCCUACAGUUAAUGCCUACUACAUGCCCACUAAGAACGGCAUCGUCUUCCCUGCUGGGAUCCUGCAAGCUCCUUUCUACGCCCACGACCACCCCAAGGCGUUGAACUUUGGUGGGAUCGGGGUGGUGAUGGGUCACGAGCUCACGCACGCCUUCGAUGAUCAGGGUCGUGAGUACGAUAAAGAAGGUAACCUGAGGCCGUGGUGGCAGAACUCGUCGGUGGAGGCGUUCCGUCAGAGAACCGAGUGCAUGAUGGAUCAGUACAACCGCUACACCGUCAACGGGGAACACAUCAACGGGAAACAGACGCUCGGAGAAAACAUCGCCGACAACGGAGGACUGAAGGCUGCAUACCAUGCCUAUCGGUCGUGGGUCCAGAGGAACGGAGAGGAGAAGAGGCUUCCUGCCGUCAACCUGACCAACGAUCAGCUCUUCUUCGUGGGAUUUGCUCAGGUGUGGUGUUCAGUUCGAACGCCAGAGAGCGCUCACGAGGGCCUGGUGACCGACCCCCACAGCCCCCCCCGGUACCGAGUCAUCGGCACGCUCGCCAACUCGCCGGACUUCAGCCGCCACUUCAACUGUCCCGCGGGGACGCCCAUGAACACCGGGAGGCGCUGCGAGGUCUGGUAGACUGAAGAGGAACGGGGUCAGAGUGGGGGGUUCGGGGGUUAAUUAACAGGUCGGUAUGUUAGUUAGUCGGUUAACGAGUCAGAUUGUUAAUUGACAGGUGAGUUUGUUAAUUAGCCAGCUCGUUAGUGUCUUAAUUAGAGGAGCUUACCUGGAGGUGAUCAGGUGUUCAUUAAGGGUUAAUAUUAAUCUGUUCAUUAGAGACGUCAGACUGACUUCCUGUCUGCAACCUGAACGGACUCAGUGGACUUCACUCAGAGACACAAAGGACUGAUGAUGAUGAUGAUGAUGAUGAUGAUGAUGAUGAAGCCACAUGGGACGAUGUUGUUGAUUUCUGCUCUAUCACCGUUAUUGAUUAUUGUUAAUAUUAUUAUUGAUUAUUAUAAUUAUUACUGGGCUUUGGUUUGUGUGUGUGUGAAAGUGCUCUGUAACUCUCUCUGAUGACAUCACUGUGAUGACCUCAUACAAAGUUGAACUGUUUCAUCAUCAGUCGUGUGUGUGUGUGUGUGUGUGUGUGUGUGUGUGUGUGUGUGUGUGUGUGUGUGUGUGUGUGUGUGUGUGUGUGUGUGUGUGUGUGUGUCAAACCGUCGUCUGAUUAAUUAUUCAAUUAAGGACCAUUUUAAGGGACAAUUUUCAGGUUUCAACUUAAAUUUUGGGGUUAAUUAAUCAAUAAAUUGUCUUAUGAUAUAUUAUUAAAGGGUUUUAAUGGAUUAUUAACGUGGUUAUGGAGUUUUUAAGGGUUAAAAAAACACCUUAAAGUUGACCAAAUAGUAUGAAAGCUGACUGAACUUUCAUUGGAAGGAAUGGCUUUCAUGUUGUUCGGUCAAUUUCUAAGGGCUUUUUUUUAACCCUUAAAAGAUUCGUAAACCUUGUAGAUAAUGAAAUCUACAAUCCAUUAAUUAUCCCUUAACAUCCCAUUACAUUGUUCUUAAUUACGUCAUUAUUAAAGGGUGAAUUUAUGGAAUUUAAAUUUUAAAAAAUGAAGGGAUGUCAGUGAAUGAAA